GGCAGCGUCUCCAUGGCGACGCGGGACGCGGGUAGGGGUGGCUGGUACCUGCUUGACAGAGACUCUACUCAGGAGAUCCUGGCUGAAACCAGAUCAUGUCGGACUUGGGCUCCGAGGAGUUAGAGGAGGAAGGAGAGAACGAUCUUGGGGAAUAUGAGGGUGAGCGAAAUGAAGUGGGAGAACGGCAUGGACACGGGAAAGCGAGAUUGCCAAAUGGAGACACAUACGAAGGACACUAUGAGUUUGGAAAAAGAAAUGGCCAGGGGAUCUACAAAUUUAAGAAUGGUGCCCGAUACAUCGGAGAAUAUAUUAAAAAUAAAAAGCAUGGUCAAGGGACCUUUAUCUAUCCGGAUGGAUCCAGAUAUGAAGGGGAGUGGGCAGAUGACCAGAGGCAUGGCCAUGGCGUGUACUACUACAUCAAUAAUGACACCUACACAGGGGAGUGGUUCGCUCAUCAAAGGCACGGGCAGGGCACCUACUUCUAUGCAGAGACUGGCAGUAAGUACGUCGGUAGCUGGGUGAAUGGGCAGCAGGAAGGUGCUGCCGAGCUCAUCCACCUGAACCACAGGUACCAGGGCAAGUUCAUAAACAAAAAUCCCGUCGGUCCUGGAAAGUACGUGUUUGACAUUGGAUGUGAACAGCAUGGUGAAUAUCGCCUAACAGAUAUGGAAAGAGGAGAAGAGGAGGAAGAGGAAGAGGCAUUAGUAAGUAUCAUUCCAAGAUGGAAAGCUCUCAAGAUCACAGAAUUGGCACUGUGGACGCCAACCCUCUCUGAGGAGCAGCCUCCUGCUGAGGGACCAGGCCAAGAAGAAGCGCCUGGAGCUGCUGGUACAGGUGACCCCUCAGAUGAAACCCAGGGUCUGGUAGAAGGUUUUGAGGGCGAGAUAGAUACGAGGACUGGAGAGGAAGACAUGGACACAUUCCGAGAGGAGAGCCGAGAGAACAGUUAUGAGAUGGACCAGGGAAAUGCAAACUUUGAUGAAGAACAGUCAGACCUCCUCCAGGACUAAGAUGGAGGAGGCGAAGAACACAGCUACAGGCCGGCUGUGCCUUAGUUAACUCCAGUCAGCUGGGUCGCUUAGCACCCACCGGGCUGUCAAUCUUUCUUUCUCAGUUGUUGUUUUGUUGUUGGAAAUAAAUCUUCCAGUGUUCAGUGUUUGUGAA